CGCAGCUCAAAGAAUAUGAACUCUGAACUCUGAACCGUCUUCCUCUUCUUCGAUCUUCUCGAAACUCCAUUCGUAUUCUGGGUUGGCCUUUACAAGUUAGUCGUCUUGAGCUUAGGCAACCUGUUCCACGAUGGAGAGUGAAGAGGAUGCAAUGAAAAAGGCACAGAUGUUUGAAGCUCGGGCUAGAAACAUCAGCCACAAUGUUCGUUGCACUGAGUGUGGGAGCCAAUCCAUUGAGGACUCACAAGCAGAUGUAGCCAUUCUGCUCAGGAAGUUGAUUCGUGAUGAAAUUCGGGCUGGGAAGACUGACAAGGAGAUCUAUAAAAAGCUUGAGAAAGACUUUGGAGAGACUGUUCUCUAUGCCCCACGUUUUGAUCUGCAGACUGCAGCUUUGUGGCUAUCACCUUUUCUAGUUGCAGGAGCAGCAGCAGGGAUAUGGGCAUAUCAGAAGCAUAGACAGAAAACAAAUGUGCAUAUCAUGGCAUUGAACCUAGUGAGAGGUGUUCCAUUGACCCCAAAAGAGAAACAGACAAUGUUAGAUAUACUAACACCUCCUCCACCGCAAAGAAAGAGGUGGUGGUGAAGUCAUUAAUAACCCUAGCAUCCCUCAUGUUGGGUGUUACUUGAAGUUUGAGAAAACCAACCAACAUAUUUUUUUAUUUUAAUUUGAUUUUUCACAUAAAAUGUGUAGCAGCCAUUGCAAUAUUUUAUCACCAAGAAUGGUCAUAUGGUUUUUCAGAUUUGUUAGAAGAAUGCAUGUGAAAGUACUUUUAAUUUUC